AUGCCCCAGCGCCAGCGCCUGGUCAUCCCACUUGUGAUGCUCGCCAUCACCCCUGUCCUAGGAGUCUCCCAGGACGCAGCUCUCAGUCCCACCCAAGAAGAGCCUGGAGAUCUGGAUUGCGGUCGCCCUGAGCCUUCUGCCCGAAUCAUGGGGGGCUCAGAUGCGCACCCAGGCACCUGGCCAUGGCAGGUGAGCCUUUAUCACAGGGGAGGGCAUGUGUGCGGUGGCUCCCUCAUCGCCCCCUCCUGGGUCCUCUCAGCUGCCCACUGUUUUGUAGAGAACGGAACCUUGGAACCUGCAGCCGAGUGGUCAGUUCUGCUGGGUGUGCAUUCCCAGGAUGGGCCCCUGGAUGGCGCGCAGGUGCGCUCCGUGGCAUCUAUCCUAGUGCCUGACAACUACAGCAGCGUGGAGCUGGGUGCCGACCUGGCCCUGCUGCGCUUGACAGUGCCCGCCAAGCUCGGAGCUUCCGUGAGGCUCAUCUGCCUGCCCCGCGCCUCGCACCACUUCGCUCAUGGAACCAGCUGUUGGGCCACUGGCUGGGGGAACGUUCAGGAGGCUGACCCCCUGCCUCUCCCCUGGGUGCUACAAGAAGUGGAGCUCAAGCUGCUAGGUGAAACAGCCUGUCAGUGUCUCUACAGCCGGCCAGGUCCCUUCAACCUGACUUUCCAGCUACUGCCAGGGAUGCUAUGUGCUGGCUAUCCGGAGGGUCGCAGGGACACUUGCCAGGGAGACUCUGGGGGACCCCUGGUCUGUGAGGAAGGCGGACGAUGGUUCCAGGCAGGAAUCACCAGCUUUGGCUUUGGCUGUGGACGGAGGAACCGCCCAGGGGUCUUCACUGCUGUGGCCUCCUAUGAGAGAUGGAUCCGGGAACAGGUGAUGGGCUCGGAGACUGGGCCUGCCUUUCCCCCCCAGCCCCCAGAGUCCCAAUCAGGCCCCCAGGAACCCACAGAAGAAAACUGUACCAUCGCCCUGCCAGAGUGCGGGAAGGCCCCACGGCCAGGGAUCUGGCCCUGGGAGGCUCAGGUGAUGGUGCCAGGAUCCAGACCCUGCUACGGAGCGCUGGUGUCUGAAAACUGGGUCUUGGCCCCGGCCAGCUGCUUUCAGGAUCCCAUCAGCUCGGACCGCGCGCCCCGGGGCCUGGACACCUGGCGCGUGCUGCUGGCCUCGCGGCCCGGCACGGAGCGGGUGGCGCGCCUGGUGCCGCACGAGAACGCCUCCUGGGACGACGCGGCCGACCUGGCCCUGCUGCAGCUGCGCGCGCCCGUCAACCUGAGCGCGGCGCCGAGGCCCGUGUGCCUGCCCUACCCGGAGCACUAUUUCCUGCCGGGAAGCCGUUGCCGCCUGGCUCGCUGGGGCCGUGGCGACGCGGCGCCCGGCUCCAGCUCGCAGCUGGAGGCCGAGUUGCUGGACAGCUGGUGGUGUCAUUGCCUCUAUGGCCGCCAGGGGACGUCGGUGCCGCCGCCCGGAGACCCGCCGCACGCGCUGUGUCCCGCUUACCAGGAGGAGGAAGAGGAGGGACGCUGCUGGAACUUCUCGCAGUGGAGCCUUCUGUGCAGGGAGAAAGGGACCUGGUUCCUGGCUGGAGUCCAAUACUAUCCCCGCAGCUGCCUCCGUCCCAGAGUCUUCUCCCCACUGCAGAACCAUGGGCCGUGGAUUAGCCAUGUGACUCGGGGAGCAUACCUGGAAGACCAGCUGGACUGGGAUUGGGGCGCUGAGUGGGAGAAGAUUGACACAGAGACUUGCCCCACACACACAGAACACGGGGCCUGCGGCUUGCGGCCAGAACCUGCUGCAAAGCAGGGAUUGUGGCCCUGGCUGGCAGAAGUACAUGUGGCUGGUGACCGAGUCUGCACUGGGAUCCUUGUGGCUCCAGGCUGGGUCCUGGCAGCCACUCACUGUGUCCUCAGGCUGGGCGCUACGGCAGUGCCUUAUAUUGAAGUGUACCUGGGACGGGCAGGGGCCAACCCCCUACCACAGGGCCACCAGGUCUCCCGCCUGGUCAUCAGCAUACGCCUGCCCCGCCACCUGGGCUUUCAGCCCCCCGUGGCCCUCUUGGAGCUUCGCUCCCGGGUGGAACCUUCCCCAUCAGCCUUGCCAAUAUGCCUUCACUCCAGAGGUGUCCCCUUGGGGACCAGCUGCUGGGUGCUGGGCUGGAAGGACCCCCGGAACCGAGUUCCCUUGGCGGCGGCCGUCUCCAUACUAACCCCGAGGCUCUGCCACUGCCUGUAUCAGGGCCUUCUUCCCCCUGGGACACUGUGUGUUCGGUACACAGAGGGGCAGGAAGACACAUGUGAGGUGACCUCGGCCCCUCCCCUCCUGUGCCAGACUGAAGGGGGAUCCUGGGCCCUGGUGGGCAUGGCUGUUCGAGGGAGCAUCGAGCUGUUUGCCGCCAUUGGCUCUGAAGAGGCCUGGAUCUCUCAGACAGUGGGAGAGGCCCAUUUCCUGUCUCCCAGUGACUCCCCCCACUGGCCCCCAGAAAGCAGUGACCUCUGCCCCCCAGAACUGGGAAGGGCCUCCAGCUCUCCUCAGAUGGCGCUGUUCCUACUGCUUCUGAUCCCUCUGAUCCAGGGCUGAGAAAUCUCCCCCUUCUCAUCUCCUCCAACGCCACUUCCCGCCCAUUGGGCUGGA